AUGGAUGAACGAAGUUUGGUCGCUGCGAUCGACGCCUGUGACAAGGCGCUGGCGAGGGAGAUCAGGGAUCAUCGCCUGGGCAUGUCCGAGCUGUAUCAGACCCGCGUCGUCUGGCAGGUGGUGCGCCAGAACUGGGCCGAGGUCAAGGCGGACUGCGCCAAGGCCCUGGCGUACAACUGUCGUAAUGGCACGAUCUAUUUGAGUCGGGCUCGUGCCCACGACGCCACCGGUGACACAGAGCAGUGCCUCAGCGAUCUGGCGGCCUGCCGCAUCCUGAUGCGCGACUCAAGGACCGCCGAUUGCAGCCCCGAGCGCGAGCGCAUCGACAAAUUCUGGCAGCGCGUCCUCCUGCAGCGCGCCCGCUUCGAGGCCACUCAGAUCAUGAGCCAACGGGGUCCGCUCUUUCCCUCAAAGCUGCAAAUUAACACGUACAUGAGCGCGUUCAUCGCCGACCCCCUGCAGACGGGCAACUUCGAUCGAUCGCUGCGCGGCUUCCCCCGCGCCUACUGGGCGUUCCGGGAGGAGCGCUUCGAGGAUGUGAUCCCUGCCUGCACGGAGGAGAUCGAGUCCGCCGAGGACUGGGCCCAGCACAAGGCGGAGGCUAGGCUGAUGCGCGGCACCUUCCACCUGCUGUGCGGCUCGAGCGCGGAGUGCCAGCAGGACUUCGAUGCACUGAUCGGCGAUCCGCAGGUGGAUGCCACAUUGCGUGCCUAUGCGCUGAUCCGGAGCGCUGCCCUCCGCUUCCAGCUGUGCAGGGGGCACGAGGCGAUGGACGCCUUCGAGCAGGCCGAGCGGCUGGUGCGCGACAAUCCCGAUGUGCACCACCAGCGCGGCCUGAUCCUCCGCAAGCUGCAGCAGCUUGAGACCGCCCUGAUGGACUUCGAAAUGGCCGCCCGACUGGCGCCCGGCCACGUCGGUCCCGUGGCCUUGAAGCACUUCACCGAGUACCAUCUGGCGGCACGCCUGAACAGCCCUCCGCGCAUGGAGACGGCGCUCCGGAAGCUGGGCGAGAUGUCCGCUGCGUACCCGAACACCAUCGAUGGCCCCGUGAUGAAGGGCAGGCUGAUGACCGAGCGCAAGGAUUUCGUCGGGGCGCUGGCCUGCUUCGAGGAGGCCAUCGAACUGGCGCCCAAGAAUUCCAUGCUGAUGACCCACUGGGCCGUCAUGGAGCUCAGGCGGCAUAACAAUGCGGAGCUGAUUAUGCCGAUCCUGUACGAGGCCAUCGAGCUGGAUCCCCGGUACCACAUGCCCUACGGCGUCCUGGCCACGCUGGAGCUCAAGCGGAACAACCCCGACAAGGCCGUCGAGCUACUGCGCCAGUCCUGCCUCCAUUGCGGCACCUACAAUGAGGUGCUGCACGCCUGCUGCCUGCGCAAUGCGAUAGUGGCGCGCACCGCUGCCAAGCGGAGUUUGGCCAAUGAUCUGGGCCUCGAUCUGGGCAUUGAUCUGGACAUCGAUCUGGCCAUGGUUCGGCACGACCAGCCACCCACAGUUUAA